UGUGGGGUAAGCUUUGUCUGUUUAUGUGUGCAGGAGCAUGUAUGACUGUGUCUGGGUUUGUCUGAUGGAGCGUGUGUGAGAGAGCGCGUGUGUGAGAGAGUGUGUGUGUGUGAGAGAGCGUGUGUGUAUGCGGCACGAGUGUAUGUAGCUCCGGUUGUCUGAUUGCUGGCGGGAGGACUGGUGGGUGGGCUGCUCUGUGAACAGGACCCCUUCCGUGCAACACACACACACACACACACACACACACGGAGAGAGAGCCACCCUGCAGCCUCCUCUGCUGUGGGCAGUCCCAGUGAGAGCACGUCCAGCUCGGCACUCCUGCCCGUACCCCAGCGCGGGAUGUCCACGCCAGGCUCCAAAGACAGCAGCAAGAGGAACUCCUCGGAGCUGGACUCCGAGCAUGCUCAGAGGGUCCCAGAGGCGGAGCUCCAGCAGCAGGUGAAGUUGAAGGACAGGCAGAAGUUCUUUGAGGAGGCGUUCCAGCAGGAUGUGGAGCAGUACUUGUCUACUGGAUACCUGCAGAUCACUGAGAGGAGAGAGCCAAUAGGAAGCAUGUCAUCUAUGGAGGUGAAUGUGGACAUGCUGGAGCAGAUGGACCUCAUGGACAUAUCAGACCAUGAGGCACUCGACGUCUUUCUCAACUCUGGAGGGGAGGACAACAGUGUUGCUUCACCUCUGCUCGGCGCGGACGUGGAGUCCUUCACCACCGAGAUCACGCUGCAGGUGCCCACUCAGGCAGAGCUGCGUCACAAGCUGUCAUCGCUCUCGUCCACCUGCACUGACUCCGCCAGCCAGGACACGGAGGCCGGCGAGGACGAUGAUGAGGUAGAGGAGGACGAGGAGGAGGAGGAGGAAGAGGAACCACAGGGAGCUGCAAGUCUGUCCAGUGCUCGGUCAGCGCACAGGGCACCUCGAGGAAGAGGAGGGAACAGGAGCGUUGCCAUGGCAUCCACAUCCACAUCGUUGUCAGCUAGUCAGACAGUGAAGAAUGGACAAGGGAACAGCAUCCAGACCACGUAAGGGAGCCAGUGAAGUGAAGUGACACACACACACACACACAAUAGGCCAAUACUUUAAGACUGCCUGACAUGCACUUGUGGAUCUGGGACAGACAGAUGGACAUCUCUAUGGGAUGGCUCCCAUGUUUACUGAUGUAACUGGUGAUCGUUCCUUUUCAUUUUUGUAAACAUUGUGUCCCAUAUUCUGACAGCACUCCAAACCUCUGCCCCAGUGCCUGGGGAUAAUAAAUGUCUU